CGCACUGACUGCCGACUGCCGAUCACCGUGGACCGGCCGAACUGCCAGAGCGCCAGUCUCAGCAAGAUCGUACAAUAGUAAGGAACGUUCGUGAUUUGUUUCUCACGAAGCUUUUUUGUCCGCACAAUGGCAGCGACGGAGGAACUCAGUGGCAUCCUAAUGAGGAGACAGGCCAUAAACGACAAACUCGAAGAGGGUGUAGAGGUCAAACCGAAAUAUAAAUUCGUGAAUGUAUUUACUGAAUUUCACGAAUUCUCAAGAAAGGAAAUAAAACAGUACGAAUUGACUUUUAACAAAUUUGAUGAGGGACGAGAUGGAUUUCUUGAUUUAAAUGAAGUCAAGCGGAUGAUGGAACGUCUUGGAGCCCCACAAACACACCUGGGACUAAAGGCUAUGAUAGCAGAGGUGGACGAAGAUGGCGACAAUAAAAUAAGCUUCCGAGAAUUUUUAUUAAUUUACCGGAAAGCCCGAGCAGGAGAACUAGAAACAGACUCAGGUUUAGAUGCUCUAGCAAGAUUAACUGAAAUAAAUGUAGAUCAAGUAGGAGUUAAUGGAGCUAAGAAUUUCUUUGAGGCCAAAAUUGAAGAACUCGCCAAAACGAAUAGAUUCCACGACGAAAUUAUACAGGAACAAGAAGAAAAACGAAGGGAAGCUGAAGAGAAGGCGCUAAGAAGGCAACGGUUUAAAGAAAAAACAGCUGUAUUCCAACAAUAAUUAUAGCAUUAGUUGUUAACGGUCUAGUCUAUAAGCUGUUACCAUAUGGCUUAAGAUAUGAUUCAAUAGGAAAAAUUUAACAUAUCAUUACAAAAUUGCUUUUAAUAAUCUUUUUAAAACAUUGUUUAAGUUUUCGUUGCUAAUAUAAAGGACUAAACUGACUCAUUUCCACAUUUCGUGUAUAGUUCAAAAAUAAUUAAGUAGCUCGUAAUGUUUACAUUGUUUUGAGUAUUCACACUCAUUUGUUCUUGAUAUGUGUAUUGCGUCUAUGAGUAAUGAAAUGUGCCUAAUAUAGGAUUAUAUAGGAUAUUGUGUAAUUUGUUGCAUGUUUAACAUGUUAAGAUUUUUAUUUAAGUUAUGUGAUGUAUUACUUUAAAUAUUUAAAUAAACAUUUUUAGAUUAA